AUGAGUAGUGAAGCUACGAAAGUACUUCUUGCCGAAACAUGGUCUGAAGAUAUUGAUCCAACUGAUUGGUGGAUGAGUGAAAAACUGGAUGGCGUGCGAGCGUAUUGGAGUGGAAGCAAUUUUUAUUCUCGUCAGGGAAAUCUAUUUCAUGUUCCUGACUUUUUCAAGGCCGCACUUCCAAAAGUACCGCUAGAUGGCGAAAUAUGGUGUGGACGAGGUCUAUUUCAGAAAUGUAUUAGUAUUGUAAAAAAACAAGCUAAUAAGGUCGUACCUGAUGAUUAUAAAUUUCUUACAUAUUUGAUUUUCGAUGCACCAAGUCAUGGUGGAAAAUAUGAAGAUCGUGUGAAAUGGCUACAAACUAACAUUCCACAAGAUGAUGAUAAAUGUUAUGCUUCAGUAGUCGGCGUAAAAAAAUGUCAAGGUCUUGCUGAUCUUAAGCAAUGUUUAGCUGAAGUAAAUGCUGCUGGUGGAGAAGGUAUCAUGCUUCGUAAGCCUGGUAGUCGCUAUGAAAAUAAACGUUCAUCAACAUUACUGAAAGUAAAAACAUUUUAUGAUGAAGAAGCGUUAGUUAUUGGUCAUAAACCUGGUAAAGGCAACUGUACCGGAAUGUUAGGUGCUCUUGAAUGUCAAUUACCUAAUGGAAAACGAUUCGACGUUGGUAGUGGAUUUACAAUGGAUCAACGUCGAAAACCACCAAAAAAAGGUUCAGUUAUUACAUUUAAAUUUCAAGAAUUAUCAAAUGCUGGUAGUCCACGUUUUCCGGUGUUUCUUCGACUUCGCACUGAUUUAACAUGGGACGAUGUCCUCGAAGCAGCUAAGACAAAAACACCGAUUAGUGUCAAACAAAAAGUUGUACCGACAACAAAAUUAUCGAAGCAGCAUUCCAUAUUAUUUUCAGUCAUUCCAUCGCGUGAUGGGAAAACCGGGAAAAAAAUUGCCAGGUCUGACGAUGAUGAUGAGCAACCUUCAUCAUCAUCAUCAUCAUUACAAAAACCAGAUGCACGCGAAGAAUGUCCAUACGGUGAAAAAUGUUAUCGAAAAAAUCCUGAUCAUCUCAAACAAUAUCAACACCCAUCAUCAACAACGAAAUCGAAAUUAACCAAAACUACAAGUAGAACCAAAUCGUCCAGUAAAUCUCAAUCGAAAGUCGAAUCUGAAGAACCUGCAUCGCCAACAACCACAGAUAAUUUACUUGUUAAAGAUAAAAAUGAAGGCCGUCAAUUCGACGACGAUGAUGAAGAUGAAGAUGAUGAUCAACAACAAAGCACUGCAUCUACCACAACCAAUAAAAGGAAAAGAAAUCUUGAAGAAAAAUCAAACAUUAAACCGACGAGAAAACGUGUUAAAAAAUCUUAA